AUGAAUAUAGGCAAUGUGAUGUGCCAGCAGACGUGGGGCCAGUUUUGGCAGUCUCAGCUGGCGGCAAGCAUACCUGUGCAGUGCAGGCAGAUGGUCGGCUCAUCUGUUUUGGAGAUAAUGGAAGUGGGCGAGGUGAUGUGCCAGCAGAUUUGGGACCAGUUUUGGCAGUCUCAGCUGGCCACUGUCAUACCUGUGCUCUGCGGUCGGAUGGUCAGCUCAUCUGUUUCGGAUGCAAUUGGUCGGGGCAGUGUGACGUGCCAGCAGCUGUUGGACCAGUUGUGGCAGUCUCAGCUGGCGGCCAUCAUACCUGUGCAAUCCAGGCAGAUGGUCGGGUCAUGUGUUUUGGAGACCAUUCAUGUGGGCAGUGUGAUGUGCCAGCAGAUGUGGGACCAGUUGUGGCAGUCUCAGCUGGCCAUGAUCAUACGUGCGCCCUGCGGGCAGAUGGUGGGCUCAUCUGUUUCGGAGACAAUUACUCGGGGCAGUGUGAUGUGCCAGCAGAUGUGGGACCAGUUGUGGCAGUCUCAGCUGGCCAUGAUCAUACGUGCGCGCUGCGGGCCGAUGGUGGGCUCAUCUGUUUCGGACAAAAUUUCUCGGGGCAGUGUGAUGUGCCAGCAGAUGUGGGAGCAGGUGUGGCAGUCUCAGCUGGCGGUGGUCACACCUGUGCUGUGCGGUCGGAUGGUCGGCUCAUCGGUUUUGGAAGCAAUUGCUCGGGGCAGUCUGGCGUGCCCAACCCCUGAUCGCGCACAAAAAGCAUAUUGA